AUGAAGUUCAAUUUGUUGUCGAUUUUGGCUCUCAUCUCAACAUCCCAUGGAUGGCUGCCCUCUGAAGAGAAUCGCGAGCCACUACUUGGCCGAGAUGGGACCUCGCUCUUCAACAAUUCCCUCUCUUCCGACGGCAAGCGAUGGCUACCAGGAACAACUCCUAUCCGAGGCGUGAAUCUUGGUUCUCUCUUUGUUUCGGAGCCCUGGAUGAUGACUCCCACCUGGAAUGGCAUGAAUUGCCCUCAGAGCGAGCCUCGCUCCGAGUUUGACUGCAUGCUCAAGCUUGGACAGAGCGGUGGUGACGCCGCAUUCCAAAAGCACUACCAGGACUGGAUCCCGGAGAGUGACUUCGACAAGAUGGUAUCCUACGGUCUCAACACUGUCCGUAUCCCGGUUGGGUACUGGAUGUACGAAGAUAUUGUAUAUAAAGACUCUGAGCACUUCCCCCGUGGUGGUCUUGCCCACCUGAAGAGGAUCUGCGGGUAUGCUAGCAACCGCGGAUUCUACAUAAUUCUGGAUUUGCAUGGAGCCCCUGGUGCGCAAGUCGCCAACAACGCCUUCACUGGUCAAUAUACGCCCAACCCUGGCUUCUACCAAGACUAUCAGUUCGACCGCGCAUACAAGUUCCUCGCCUGGUUGCGACAGGUUGUACAUGAAAACAACGAGUUCCGCAACGUAGGAAUGUUUGAGGUCGUAAACGAGCCUCUGCGAGAAUUCGAGGACUCUGGUAAGACGACAUACAUGCGCAACACAUUUUAUCCGACUGCGUACAAGACCAUUCGCGACAAAGAGGCAUCUCUUGGAAUCUCGUCCAAUAACUACGUCCACAUCCAGUUCAUGAAUAAGCUCUGGAACUCUGGGGACCCGCAGCAGUACCUCACAAAUAAGAACUUUGCCGCCUACGAUGACCACCGCUACCUGAAGUGGUCGGGUAUCUCCCAGGACAAGGACACCUACCUGCGGACCUCGUGCAAUGACGAUCGCAGUGGCGAUGCGGCCCACGGAUGGGAUUGGCCAGUCUUGGUCGGCGAAUGGAGUCUCAGCGCGCCCCUGGAUUACAACCAGGAAUGGAACGACUACUGGCGGCCCGAUAACAACAAGGAUUUCUACUCCAGAUGGUUCAAGGCACAGGUCUUGGCGUACGAGAAGCACGUCGCUGGUUGGAUCUUUUGGUCCUGGAAGACUGAGUUGGGCUCCGACUACCGAUGGUCUUAUACUGCUGCUGUUGAUGCUGGAGUGAUUCCCAGGGAUCUGAAUAGCAUUGCAAACUCAGGUGCUUGUAAUGGGUUUUAG